CAAUGAAGCUGACAUUCCUGCCAGUCCGUCAAUCGAUGUGUCCCUCCUGCCCCUUGGGCCAAUUGUCGGUUUGUUGUCGGAGUGUAAAAAUAAACAGACACUCGGUUGAACAAUACUAAUCCAUUCGAUAUGGUUUGCCCGGAUUAGCUACCAAUUCCACAUCCGCAUAAAGUAGGUAACUUGUUCUUCGGAUCUCUGGCCUCUUGGGGUAUAAAUACUUGGGUUUGACUGGAGAACAGCAUCAGUCAACGCACUUCCAAUCUUUGAGAACGUUCGUCGAACACAAACCCAAAAAAACAAAAUCAAUAUGAAAUUCCUCAUCUGCUUGGCUCUCUUCAUCGCCGCUGCCCAGGCUCAUGUUGUGGCCCCCGCUGUCGCCACCUAUGCCGCUGCUCCGGCCCUGACUUAUGCCGCAGCCGCUCCUGCGACCACCUACUCCGCCGCCAUCCCCCGCGCCUACUCCGCCUACGCCGCUCCCUCUGUCUACUCCGCACCCUCCGUUUAUGCCGCCCCCUCGGUCUACUCCGCCCCCUCCGUGUACUCCGCCUCCUACGUGGCCUCGCCCUCCGUGUACUCCGCCUACGCCGCCCCCGCCGUCGUCUCCACUCUGCUCAAGAAGUAAAGUGCUCAGAUCGAUCGAAUAACUCCCAUUUGUCGCUAAUUUUGUCAACUAUUCUCCAUGAAAUAAAGCUGUGAAUUUAUGAAAAA